CUUCCCUCCUACCCCAUCUCUCUCCCCACCCCCUUCUUCGAGAACCCACUCUUUCUUCUUUUAAAUUCCUUCUAUUUCCACUCUGUUUCUUGUUAUAGCAAAUUUCAGUGCAACAUAAAGUAAAGCAGAAAAAAUGGUGCCGCUAAAACUUGCGGUUAUGGUGUUUUUAGCACUAGUUGUGAAUAUAGUAGUAGCAGAAGAUCCUUACAAAUUCUUCAAUUGGAAUGUUACUUAUGGCACUAUUUGGCCUCUUGGAGUUCCUCAACAGGGAAUUUUGAUCAAUGGCCAAUUUCCUGGUCCUGAUAUUCACUCUGUCACCAAUGACAAUCUCAUUAUCAACGUUUUCAAUAGCUUGGAUGAGCCUUUUCUUCUGUCCUGGAACGGGAUACAGAACAGGAGAAACUCAUUUGAAGACGGAGUAUAUGGAACAACAUGCCCGAUACCCCCUGGGAAAAAUUACACAUUUACUCUACAAGUGAAGGAUCAAAUUGGGAGUUUCUACUACUUCCCAUCUCUUGCAUUCCACAAAGCUGCCGGUGGUUUUGGAGGAAUUAGGAUUCUCAGCAGGCCUAGAAUCCCCGUUCCUUUCCCGGAACCUGCAGACGAUUACACCAUCCUCAUUGGAGAUUGGUACAAGAAGAAUCACACGGCCUUGAAAAAAAUUCUUGAUGGAGGCAAGAAGUUACCUUUUCCUGAUGGCAUUCUGAUCAACGGUCGUGGCCCUAAUGGUGUUACUUUCACCGUCGAGCAAGGGAAAACUUAUAGACUGAGGAUAUCCAAUAUUGGAUUGCAAAAUUCACUUAACUUCCGUGUUGAAGGACACAAAAUGACAUUAGUUGAAGUAGAGGGAACACACACAUUGCAAACAACUUAUUCCUCACUUGAUGUUCAUGUUGGCCAAUCCUAUUCAGUCCUCAUUACAGCUAAUCAAGAAGCAAAAGACCACUACAUCGUUGUUUCAUCCCGUUUCACAACUCCGGUCCUCACCACCACCGGUGUACUACACUAUAGUGGCUCUAACAAACCCGUUUCCGGCCCUCCUCCUGGUGGACCUACCAUUCAAAUCGACUGGUCCCUUAACCAAGCCCGCUCCAUUAGGACAAACUUGUCAGCAAGUGGACCAAGGCCAAACCCACAAGGAUCAUAUCAUUAUGGUAUGAUCAACACAACUAGAACCAUCAGACUUGCCAGCUCUGCUGGUCAAGUAAAUGGCAAGCAAAGAUAUGCAGUCAACAGUGUGUCGUUUGUGCCACUUGAUACUCCUCUUAAGCUCCUCGACUACUUCAAGGUUGGUGGAUUCAAAGUUGGAAGCAUUAACGAUGCCCCAACCGGUGGAGGAAUUUACCAAGACAGGUCAGUCCUAGGCGCCGAUUAUAGGAAAUUCAUUGAGAUAAUAUUCGAGAACAAUGAGGACAUCGUCCAGAGCUGGCAUCUUGAUGGCUACUCUUUCUGGGUUGUAGGGAUGGAUGGAGGUCAGUGGACUCAAGCUAGUAGGGACGGAUACAAUCUUCGUGAUGCAGUUGCACGUUGCACAGCUCAGGUGUAUCCCAAGUCAUGGACCGCGAUAUACAUUGCAUUGGACAAUGUGGGAAUGUGGAACCUUAGGACUGAAUUUUGGGCACGACAGUACCUCGGACAACAACUAUACAUGAGAGUUUACACGGAUUCAACCUCAUUGAGAGACGAAUAUCCGAUUCCAAGGAACGCUCGUCUUUGUGGCAAGGUGGCUGGCCGGCACACACGGCCACUUUAAGCAAAGUUGCAAUUAUAAUAGAGAAGAUUUUUAUUUAUAUUAUCGCGAUUUUUAGAAGUAAUACCUUAUUACUACUACGGCCAUUGGUGUACCACUAGCCGCUAAUUUGAAUGACCUUAGCUCAAGGUCGCAUUCUUUCUUCAAUUCCACGAAACAUUGUAUUUGGUUCUUUCUUCAUUGCUGUAGUGUGUUAAAUUAUGAUAAAUGAAGUGCUUUUUCAUUACUAUA